AUGCUACAUGUCAGAAAAAAGAUUUUUAAUAAUGUACUAAGAAAUUACAGAGAGAUUUUUUAUUUUUCUUUAAUAAAUAAGAAACAUGUAUCUUAUGAUACACUUGCUGGUAUCCCUUGGAUGAGUCAUAGUCGUAUUACAAAAAUAACUGAGAGGUUGUGUGAGGAAGGUCCAUAUGAUAAAAUAACAUGGGUAAAAUUAAGUGAACGUAUUUAUAAAAUAUGUGAUAGUUUUCAUAUGAAAGAAAUUGGUAGGAUUUUAUAUGCAUAUUCAAAAGUAAGAUAUAGAGAUAUAAGAAUAAUUUAUAAACUUCUUGAACAAAUAAAGAAUAAAGAAAUAUAUAAUAUAGAUUUAUUAUCAUGUGCUCAUGUAUGUCAUGCAUUAAAUAAUUUAAAUUAUCUUGAUAAGAAUUUGUUUGAAUUAUUUGUAAAAAAAAUAAAAAAUAUAAAAAUAUUAGAUAUUAAUAGUGUUCAUAAUUCUAUUGUUACUAAAAAUAACAGUUGUCCUAAUUAUUCCUUUCCUAUCGUUUUAAUUUUAAGUGCUUAUUCAAAACAUUGUAAUGAUGCUCAUAUAAGAAAAUUAUGUCUCGAAUUAUUAAUUCAUUUUUUAGAACAUUUUAAUAAAUAUAAAAAAGAAUGUACACCUCAAGGAUUGGCUAUGUUAUUAAAUUCGUUUUCUCAAAUAAUGAAACCAUCACCUGAAUUUUUUAGAGAGGAGCAGGAAGAAUUAAAAAAAAUUUCUAUCGAUGAAUAUAAAAAGGAUGAUUUAUAUUUUAACGAUGAUACUAAUACGGUUAACAUUCCAUUUUUUAAAAAUAAGCUCAUACAUAUAAAUUACAAAGAUGAAUUAGUAGGUUCAGAGAAUUGUAUAAAAAUGGAAAACCCAAAGGAGAAUUUAGAAGAGUCUACAUUUGAUGUGGACAAAUAUGUGAACGAUCCUUCCCACAAGAUAGAAGUUAAAAAAUAUAACAACAAUAAUAAUAAUACUAAUAGUUAUAAUAAUAAUAAUAAUAAUAAUAAUAAUAAUAAUAAUAAUGGUUAUAAUAAUUAUAAUAAUAAUAACCAUUUUGAUAAUAAUAUUUUAAAUAUGGGUGUAAAGAACCCAAAUUACAAUAGAAUACAUAAUGAUAAUAUUUCUUCAGAUACACAUAACUAUAUAGAUAUGUUAACUAGGAUAGAAAAAAAAGAUGUACUGAAUAAACAAUUUCUGAUGCUACUAUUAGAAAUCACAAAAACCAUUGACAAGAUGAAUACUCAGUCGUUAUCCUUAAUUAUGAAUUCAUGUUGUCGUAUUUCUUAUGAUAAGCCAAUUGAAUUUUUAAAUAUUAUAAGCGAAGAAAUAAAUAAAAAACUACAUCUGACCACAAUUCGACAUCUGUCAUUAAUUAUUAAUGGAUACAUAAAACUGAAUAUACAUAACCCUAUACAUAUAGAUAAUAUAUUUAAAGAAAUUGAAAAAAAAAUUUAUUCCUGUGAUGAAAAACAAUUAUGUUUUAUUUUAAGUAGUAUGGUAAAAUAUAAAAUAAAAAAUGAAAAUAUUAUAUCUAAUAUAAAUGCUAAAUUUAUUUUAAAUAUAAGAAAAAUGAAUAUAUCUACAUUAUGUAAUAUUUUAUAUUAUUAUACAAAAUUAAAUAUUUUUAAUGACGAUAUUAUUAAUUUAUAUCAAAUAUAUUUAAAGAAACUUAUUGAUACAGCUAAUAUACAUCAUCUUGCUUUAUCAGCAUAUGUGUUUUCAAAGAAUAAAAUAAAAAAUGAAUUAGUAUAUAUAAUAUUAAAAAAAGCUUUAGAUAUAUUACAAAAAGAACAAAUUAUUUAUAUUAUUAAUAAUGAAUAUAUAAUUAAAGAUAUAUUAAUGUUAAUUAAUAGUAUGAGUGCUCUUGAUAUAUAUUCAGAAAUAUUAGGUAUAUAUCUUUACUAUAUAAUUAAUGAUAAUAAAACUAUAAAUAUAAAUAAAAAUAUAAAUAUUAUUGGACAAACAAAUAAAAUGUAUGAUAGACUAAAGGAUCAUAAACCAUAUAGUGAACAAAAGAAAGUAGAGGAGACUAAAGAUAUUAAUAAAUCCAUUUUAUUUUUAAAUGAUGAUAUUAAGAAUAAAAUAAGGAACAAAAAUAUUUAUUUAUCUAUAAAAAGUUUGAUUUUAUAUAAAGAUAGAAUUCAAAAAUAUCAAACGUGUGAUCAAUGA